AUGGAACAUCCGACCAAGAAGCUGAAACGAUCAGAAAGCAACGGUCGACGACAUCUUGGUUCGCAUUCUUCCUCUUCUUCUUCUUCCUCACAACGUGCCAGCCGAUCGCAGCAACAACAACCCCAAUCAGCCAGUGACAGCAAGUCUUCUAUUACUCAUCAGCGCUAUAGUCUAAGAACUAAAAGGAAACCCACAACCGCUACCAGCACUACAAAGAAAUCAUCGAAUACGGCUGAUACAUUUGCUGAAUCAUCCACAUCGCAACAGCAACCGUCGAAUAGCAACAACGCCGCCGCCGCAGCAGCAUCCUCUACCAUUGGAAGUAAGAAACGUUCGCAAAAGAGAAAACAAACGACAACAGAAUCCAGCAGCACUCCUAGAAAACGCCAACGCGCCCCUUCUACUCGUACACGUCGCAACAACAACAACAGCAACAACAGCAAAAUGGAAAAUGAUCAUGCAGAAGAAUUAAAGCGCUCUACUACUACUACGACGACGGCGACGACAACCCGACAACGAGCGAAUAGCAGAGGACCAUCCACUCGACAAGCUGCCAAAAGUAGUGAGGCAUCAUCAAAACGAAAGGGUAAAGGCAAAGCACCUGAUCAAGAGCAUAGUAAAUCCACGUCAACCACCACCAGGCGCAGGGCUAAGAAGCAAGCCGAUCCGGAAGAAUUGGAAUCACAUGAGCCUGAGUCUGACUUGGAUACGACCACCACUCCUGUUUCCUAUUUCCAAUACUUUGACGACGACGAUAUGGAAGACGACAGGGAGCAUACUUUUGACGAUGAGGAUGAAUAUGAACAUGGAGACAGCUAUCAAGAUGACCAUCCACGACACGACGAUGCUCAAGCCAUGCAUGAAGAUUUGGACGAUGAGGAGGAAGACGAGGAAGACGACGACGAUGAAGACGACGAUGACACUGACGAAUUGGAACGCAUUCGACGCAGCUUUGGUUUACAAUUAUCAAGUUCCUUUGGUGGCAUGAUGUCCGAUAUGAGCAGUCGGCUUCGUUCGAUCCUUGCCAGUCUCAAAAACGACGAACCCACUAUGCAACUGGUGGCAUUACAAGAGCUUGCAGAAAUCUUAUCUGUGAGCAGUGAGGAGAAUCUUGCCGGUUAUUUUGCCAGUGACAGCUUCGUCAAGGAACUUGUACGCAUCAUGAAAGGUCCCACCGAUCUACUAGGUGGUGGUCUUGGUGGUGGUGGUGAUAUGGAUGAUGACAUGAUGAUGGCAUUGGCUAUGAGUGAAGGCAUAGGUGGUGGCAACCCCGAAAUCGCAUUAUUGGCUUGUCGAUGUAUCUCCAACUUGCUGGAUGCAAUGCCUACCGCUGUGACAAGCGUCGUGUAUCAUGGUGCCGUCGGUGUCUUAUGCCAGAAACUCAAGUCUAUUGAAUACAUUGAUUUGGCCGAACAGGCUCUAUGUGCAUUGGAAAAGGUUGCACAACACUUGCCAAGGGCCGUAGUACACGAGGGCGGUUUAAGCGCAGCAUUGAUGUACUUUGACUUUUUCAGCAUCCAUUCUCAACGCACAGCAUUACGCACAGCUGCCAAUUGUAUGCGUGGCGUCGAUGCAGACUCAUUUCCUCAAGUCAUGGAAGUCGUUCCUACCCUCCUCAAUACCAUCUCUUAUCCGGAUCGCACAGUGAUCGAAUUGACAUGCUUAUGCUGGGUCAAGUUUGCUGAGACGUAUCGCAACAACAGUGAAUUAUUGGAAAAAGCGAUCACCAAGGAGCUUUUGGAAAAGAUGACCACCUUGAUCCCAGUCCCUGGCAACACCAACGUAGUACGACCCUCAACAUUCACCGAUCUUUUGCGCAUCUUUCGUGUCAUUUCACGUGGAUCUCCUAAACUUGGCUAUGAUCUCAUCGAGCUCAAGAUUGUGGACACCUUGUAUCGUGUCUUGGUGGGUGCUGCCAAGGCCCCCGAAGAUACGGUCCCAACGGAUGUGUCCUUGGACAGCAAAUGGCGUGAUUCAGUGCAUUCUAUCUUGAGAAUCUUUGUCGAUGUACUUCCAUCACUUCCAAAAGAUGGCAUGUUUAGCUCAAGACGAUUCAAGGAAACAUCCUCUCGAGGUGAAGGCACAGAGGAAACGAGCAGCACCACCACUACCACAAAGGACAAAGGAAACAACAACAAGCAAGUGGAUCCUCGUGUGGAAUUGUUGGAAAAGAAUGCGGAUGUUGUCAAACGCCUUGAUCAAUUGUGUAUCCCUGUAUUACUGGAAGUGUACAUGUCAACGGUUACUUUGCGCACGCGACAGCUUGUCACCCACAACCUUGUCAAGCUCAUUCACUUUUCCAAUGCGGAUACUUUGCAACAAAUCCUCAAAGAUCUCCCAUUAUCAAGUUUCCUUGCUGGUAUCCUAGCACAACAAGAACAUUCUUCCCUUGUCAUUGAUGCAUUGUUCCAAGUCGAAUUGCUUUUGAAAAAACUCCCGGAGGUGUAUCGAUUCCUCUUUGAACGUGAAGGUGUAUUGCAUGAAGUGGAGAUGCUUGCCAAUGCACCCAUGCAAGAUGAAUCACAAGCAGAAGAGAAUGCCGACAACAAGAACAAGCAAGGUGAAGGCGAUAGUUCAGAACCCUCCAAAGAUUCGGAUGAGCCUGCCUCAGCAUUGGAUGUCCUACGCAGUAUGCAAGAAUCCAUUCGUGAAGCACAAGCAGCCGUUGACGAACAAGAAAGCAGUGAAGAAGAAGAAGAAGAGGAAGAGGAAGAAGAAGAGGAUAAUAAUGACGAUGAGGAUGAUAACAACAACAUUAAGGCAUCCACAUCUUCAUCCCAAGCCGACAAGAAUCAAGCGGUGCCAUCUUCUGACAAGAAACGUAAGAGCUCAUCACGACGACGACAACCACAACAACAAGAGGAUGAUAAAAGCAGCAGCCAAACCGAAUCCACCCCACCUAGGCGUCGACUAUUUGAUCGUAGUGGUUUGCAUGCACUUUUGCGCAGUCGUUUUGGUGCUCCUCAAGUGCCUACCCCUGAAUCUGAGAAGGGCAUUGGUCGUGGAUCUACCCGACGUUAUAUUAUUCGCUUGGCACAAAACAUCCUAAGUGAAUAUCAAGCACAAGAUCAAGAAGGUGUAUCCAAAUCAUCGAGCACGCUACAAGAGAUCAAGGAUUGUGCGCAAUCCCUCAAAGGAACAUCCACUGAUCCAGAGGCGCGUCACACAUUGGAAAAGUUGAUGGGCUAUUUGCAAGGUUUCAAGAUGGGCAUCAGCAGCUUUGAAUUGAUGAAUUCAGGGCUUAUGGAAACAUUGCUUGCCUAUCUCACGGAUGACAAGGAUGCUUCGUUCCAUGCUCAGCUUGAUACACGACGCCAGACAUUUAUUGAUAUGUUUUUGAAACGUGAGGCGACAAUGGAAGCAGACGAGAUUUAUCCUGUGCGUGUCUUGGUGAUGCGUCUUCAAGAGGUGCUUAGCCGUUCUGAACCCUUUGAAGUGGUGACACCUUUGGAAUCUUCCUCCCUUGGUGACAAUUUCCGUAAUCCUACAAGCAUGCUUGCCAAGCAGUUACGUUUGCGUCUGUCCGGAAGAGGAUCCGAUAUCCCCGUUGAAUAUCAGCAAUUGAUGGUGUCUACGCAUGCUGUGGCAACAUUCAAGGUGCUGGAAGAGUAUUUAUUGGCACGCAUUGGCAGCAUGUCUUCUUCUUCUGCUGCUGCUGAUGCUUCAUCAAGACGACGACGACGACGACGAGGUGGUUUGGAAGAAGAUGAAGAUUUGGAAGAUGAUGAUGAUGAGGAGAACUCUGAAAUCGAAGAGAUUGAUGUGGAUAAUAUGGAUGAAGAGGAGGAGGAGGAAAAUCAUCACGAGCUAAUCUUUUAUGAUGAUGAAAAGGAGGAUGCCAUCGAACAAGAACAACAACCAGAGGAAGAGAAGGCUGAAACAUCCAAAGGCAAAAAGACAUCAUCAUCAUCCACGGAGAACAAGCCUGGCAAAUGGACCAUUCGCUUUUACCUUAACGAUACCCUGAUCAGCAACGACACCACGGUCUAUGGCGCUGUUCAUCAAUAUGAAAUCAACAACAACAACAACAACACACGAGCCAGCAGUUCUAUGCGCAACAUUUGGAUCACAUCAUAUCCUGUCACAUUUGAACGUGUGUAUGUUACGAAGGAUGAUGAGGAAAAAGAGCAACAAGCAUCCACAACAACAUCACGAACAAAAGAGGGUUGUGAGCGUCCUUCCGUGUUGACAGAUGAAUCCGUUUGUACCCGUGCUCUUCAACUGCUUCGCGUGUUGAUGGAUCUUGCGCGUCCUUUGACCUAUUGCACCCUUCCCUUGCAAGACUUUGUGAAUCGUAAGGUGGCUGCCAAGAUGAAUCGACAAUUGGAAGAGCCUCUUAUUGUGGCCAGCUCAUGUCUUCCUCGUUGGACCUAUUGGUUGAUGUUGAAGGCCCCCUUCCUAUUCCCAUUUGAAACACGCUAUCUUUUCAUCCAAAGUACGUCGUUUGGUUAUUCACGAUUGAUUGCACGAUGGCAAAGUAUGCAAAUGCGGAACAACCAGCAACGCGAUGAUCAUCACCACAGCCAACAACCUGUCUUGGGACGUAUGGAGCGGCAAAAAGUGCGAAUCAUGCGAUCACAAAUGCUCGAGUCAGCGAUCAAGAUCCUGGAUCUCUUUGGCAGUUCGCAAUCGGUGUUGGAAAUCGAAUACAAUGGGGAAGAAGGCACAGGCUUGGGACCCACACUUGAAUUUUAUGCAGCAACAUCUCGUGAAUUUUGCAAAAAGAGUCUCAACAUGUGGCGCGAUGAUGAUACCAACGCUGAAGAAGAAUACGUUAUUGCCAAACAUGGUCUAUUCCCAAAACCACUCGCCAAAUCAGGAAGCACCAAGAUUAUCAACUUGUUCAAGACGUUGGGUCAAUUCAUGGCCAAAGCGAUGCUCGAUUUCCGUAUCAUUGACUUGCCAUUCAGCGCCGCCUUUUUCAAGGUCGCCAUCGGUCAUGAACAACCCAGCACGUCUCUUGUAGCUGAAAUUGAUCCUGUCCUUGGUCAAUCCAUCCAGCGAUUACAAGCCUAUGUUGACCAAAAGCGUGCAAUUUAUGCAGACAAAUCAAAGACCAACCAAGAGAAAUUGGAUGCCGCCAGCAAGAUUCAAGUAGACGGAUGCGGCAUUGAAGAUCUAUGCUUAGACUUUACUCUUCCUGGUGAAGCUAAUCUCGAAUUGAAGGCGGGUGGUGCCGAUAUUCCAGUGACGAUCAACAAUGUGGAAGAAUACAUAGAUUUGCUCCAAGACAAGCUUGCAGGCUCUGGCAUUGCAAAACAAAUGGAUGCUUUCCGACAAGGUUUUGAUCAGCUUUUUGCAUUGGAUGACCUCAAGAUUUUAACAUACAAUGAAUUGGUGUCAUUGUACGGCGUUUCUUCGGAAGAUUGGUCCUAUGCCACAUUGGCGGAUGCUAUCAAGGCUGACCAUGGAUUCUCAAUGGAAAGUGUCUCGUUCAAAAACUUGCUUACCAUUUUGUCCGAAAUGAAUGAUGAUGAACGACGCGAGUUUUUGCAAUUCACCACUGGAAGCCCUCGAUUGCCCAUUGGAGGAUGGAAAGCUAUGCGACCUGUGUUUACUGUGGUAUGCAAAACGGCCGAAUCACCCCUUUCACCUGACGACUAUUUACCAUCGGUGAUGACCUGUGCCAACUAUCUCAAGAUGCCUGAUUAUUCGAGCAAGGAAAAAAUGCGAACGAGGUUAUUGACAUCCAUGCGAGAAGGCAAGAACAGCUUUUUGCUAUCUUAG